AUGGCAAAGUACAUCUACCAGUCCUUUACAGACCGUAAAAUGCUUGGAAACGUUAUUAAUUGCUUUUACUUAGAUUUCACAGAAAAAUCAAAUUUGAAAGAUCUAUUUAGAAAUCUAGAAAAUCUUUCUUCAAUCGAUUUUUCAAGAAACAAAUUGAAUUUUUUACCUGUCUCUCUUUUGAAAGACCAACAUCAUUCUUUGUUAAAAAUAAACCUAGACAAUAAUAAUUUUUUUAACAUUCCUGACUCUUUGGAAUAUACGCAGAAUUUAGUAACUCUGCAUUUUCGAUCCAAUUUGAUAUCUGGGUUCUCAAGAAAUGACCAAAGAAUCAUUGAAACUCUUGGAAAUAUAUCAAUUUACUUAGAAGGAAAUCCUAUCUCUUGUACCUGUUCAGCUAUUCAGUCUUUGAGAUGGAUGAGAAGUCACAAACACGUAUUUUCUGAUAUUGAUACAAUUUUAUGCGUAGGAAGUGGAUUUCCUAUCAAUCACUUAUUUUAUAAUGAACAAAACUGGAGAAAAUUUGAUAAAGAAUGCCAAACUAAACAAUGGCUUAUUUCCUCUGUGGUGUUGAUUUUGAUUACUUUGUCUGUACUUCUGAUAGUAGCUGCUUUACGAAGAUACCGUAUACAUGUAGAAUAUGUUAUACUGCGACUUAGAAAUAGAUGGAAAGGUGUACAUUUACAAAACAAAGAAAACAACUACAUUUAUGAUGUGUUUAUGUCAUAUGAUGAGAAAGACUAUCCUUGGAUUAUGCGUUAUCUGUACCCAAAAUUGGAAAGUUUAAAUAUCAAAGUAUGGCUAAAGGACAGAGAUUCGAUUCCAGGAGAUUGGGAGGCAGAAGAAAUAGUGAAAUGUAUCAAUGAAAGUAGAAAAGUGUUGUUUGUGAUCACUGAAUGCUUUCUGGAGAGUGGUUGGGCCUCAUACGCCGUACAGAUGGCGGUCACUCACGCCUUCCACAACCGGUGUCAGAGUUCCAUUGUUGUAAUCAUCAAAGACGAUAUACCAUUAGAGAGACUCCCGAACGAUAUCAAAAAUAUAUGGUGGUGUAUUGAGUAUUUAAGGUGGUCCACAGAACAUGAAAAUGAUGAUCUAAUAAUAGUUAAGUUAUCAAAUUUGCUAAAACCCGUAAAUGCGUAAACACCAAUAUGAUUUGUAGAAUCAUUAAGUUAUAGAUGUUUUUGAUAGAUGUACAUAUACAUGUAUAACAAAUUAUUUUAAACCAUGAGCAUACUGUCAGAAAGUUUGUUAUGAAUCUGAACAUGUACGAUACUAUUCAAAAUUUAUGCUCUUUGUAUAUAUAUUUGAGAAGUUCGAAUUUCAAAAGCAUUUCUUUCUGUCAAGUGUCUCUUUCAGGUACUUUUAUUCA